UAAAUUGCUAUUUUGUCUUCAAAAGAGAGGCGGUUCCCCAUGGCCAUGUGAACUCCUAUUUUCUGUCUCUCUCUCUCAGUUUUUGCAUUCAGCGGCAGAAAGCAGGCAGCACAGCAGGACUAGGCGCCUUUCUCACUUCUUCCUGUUGGACUGAAGCACCUGCACGCAACAGCACCGUCUCCCUCCUUUUCACCGCUUUACUUUACGCCUCUCUGAAGGAAUUUGUUUUUAAAUCGACUAACCACCGCCGGCUUUUCGGGUCAAGUCAACCCUUCAGCAGACAAACAACAGCAGGAAGAUAUUUUAUUUAUUUAUUUGUUUAUUCAUUUAUUUAUUUAUUUUAAUCCCCAAAUUUGAGCGUAAUUUUUAAUCCAAGUUCCGGACGAAUUUCAAACAGCUCCUCCUUCCAACGUGGACUUCUGAGAUUGCUCCAGCAACAUUCUCUUAAUUUUGACCAACAGCUGCUGGAAGCCAUGAGCGCUUGCAGCAGGAAGGCUCUGACUUUACUCAGCAGUGUCUUUGCAAUCAGCGGCCUGGGGCUGCUGGGAGUGGCAGUGAGCACAGAUUACUGGCUGUAUCUAGAGGAAGGCGUCAUUAUGCCUCUGAACCAGAGCGCUGACAUCAAGACUUCCCUGCACUCCGGCCUGUGGAGAGUCUGCUUCCUGGCUGGUGACGAGUCAGGCCGCUGUUUUACCAUUGAGUACAUCAUGCCUAUGAGCAUCCAGCUGACAUCAGAGUCCACAGUGAAUGUGCUCAAGAUGAUACGCUCAGCGACUCCGUUUCCUCUGGUCAGCCUUUUUUUCAUGUUCAUCGGUUUUGUCCUCAACAAUAUUGGGCAUGUCCGUCCUCACCGCACCAUCCUGGCGUUUGUCUCUGGAAUCUUCUUCAUCCUGUCAGGUCUUGCUCUGGUUGUUGGUUUAGUGCUGUACAUCUCCAGUAUAAACGACGAGAUGCUGAACAGGACAAAGAGCAGCGAGGCUUAUUUUUCAUAUAAGUAUGGCUGGUCCUUUGCCUUUGCUGCCCUCUCAUUUCUGCUCACUGAGAGUGCAGGCGUCAUGUCUGUCUAUCUGUUCAUGAAGCGCUAUACAGCAGAAGAAAUCUACCAGCCUCGUCACCCCAAUUUCUACCGCCCUCGCCUCAGCAACUGCUCUGACCACUCCAGUCAGUUCCUCCACCCAGAGGCCUGGUCGCGUGGACGGAGCCCCUCAGACAUCUCAAGUGAAACUUCCCUCCAGAUGAAUGUCAGCUACCCUGCCCUGCUUAAAUGUCCUGACUAUGACCAGGUGUCAUCUUCGCCCUGCUGAGGGGAAUAUUCACAAAAGCAAAGGCCACCUAAGGAUCAUUCAAGGGUCUCAUAUGAUCAAAAGGCCUGGAGAGCACAAAGUUUACUUUAGAAAGAAGACACAAGUCAAAUGAUUUACUGAGUUUGGUCUAUUAUGGAAGUGGCCAAAGAACAUGAGCCAGUUGUAGUUUUGUAUUAGGUCAGAAAAGCCUUUUUUUUCUAUUGUAGCCAAAACUACAGUAUAUUUCUUGAUAGGGGCGAAGUCUGCAGAUUUUAGAACUACAGU